AUGGUUCCCCAAAUCAAGCAGGAUCCUGAUGCUCAGACGGCGCCAUACAUCAAACCCGACCCCGACAGCAAAGACACCGUGCUCGCCGACAUCGACGACGAGGAUCUAUACGAAGAUGCCGGCGAUUUGGAUUUCUCGCAGGCCCAGCGCAGCGUCUGGCUCUCGCGCCUGCCCCGGUCGCUGUGGGAGCAUUGGGCGAAGAUCACAAACGAUUUAGACGACGAUGAGGAGAUCCAAGUGGGGACAAUGAGGGUGGAGGGAACGCCAAAUGAUAUUAAACGAGUCAGUUUGCGCAUCAAUGAGAGAGACGACAAUCGCGAGAUUCCCAAAGACUAUAUUCUGCAGCGACAGACAAUCAACACGGAAGCCACCUCCCAUUCGACCCAGAACACUUACCUCUUCACGGAACGCGAUCUCCCUGGUCAGGAGAAUCGCAUGGUGGUCUUCGGCGAGGCCCGCUCCGCGCUGUACGAGUCCAUGAAGCGCGAGAUGAAGAAGAAGGAGCGCAAGAAGAAAUGGGAGCCGUAUGUGCGUAAGACUGUGCCGAAACAAACGGCGCUGGUGGGCAGCGUAGGGGAAGAGUUCAACUGCUUGCCGGUAGAAAAUGAGGAAUUCCGCAUGCUGUCGGAGAAGAAGGCGAUGGAGGCGCUGAAACCCAGGCGCGAGACCGUCUUCAUUGAUAAGAUCCCGGGCAAGCUGCUCCAGUCGCGCAAUGCACUGCCCAGCGACAAGGGGGCCUUUGUGCAAGCGACCAAGCCCGCCAAAAUCAAGGCUCAGGAAAACAAAACCACGCGUAUGCCGCAGAACGAGCUCCUCGAUCUCAUCUACCAGGCCUUCCGCGAGUACAAGUACUGGCCUUUUAAGACACUCAAGGCCCGGCUACGACAACCAGAAGCCUAUCUCAAGCAGACUCUGGAGAUGGUGGCGCAUUUGGUUAAGUCCGGAGACUUUGCUAUGACUUGGGAGCUCAAGCCCGAGGCCAAGGAGAGCAACUAUGCAAACGCCAUGGCCUAUGGAGAUGCCAAGGAGGAACUCCCUCCAGGCGACUAUAACUUCGAUGAAGCCUCGGAGGACGAUCCGAUGGCUUCCGGGAUGAUGACCGAUAAUGAUGAUGCACAGUUCGAGAAUGUUGUCUAA